AUGGCUGCUGCUAUACAACUCAUUGGCGACUACAUUUGGCACAAGGAGUCGUUUCGGUUAUCAUUUACAAAUGAAAAUGGCAUUUCAUCCUUGAGUGGGUCAACUCGGUUUGGAGAUGCAUUAGAGGACGAGUGGUUCAUAGUUUAUGUGCUUUACAAAAUCACUUUGGAGUUUCCAGACCUGAUUGUUAGUGUGCAUGAUACAGAUGGAGACUUUCUGUUGAUUGAGGCCGCUGAUAGUUUGCCAGAUUGGCUUGAUCCAAGUACAAGUGAGAACAGGGUGUUUAUUCACAGGGGAAAAUUGCAUAUUAUUCCAAUUGAUUUUGCUUCAGAAAAAAAACGUCUGGCAUUACAGAAAGCCAUUGCAUUAGUUUCAGACUUGUCUAUACCAACAGUCGCCUCUGCAUCUAUCCAAGCUGCAAUCGAGUCUCGAAUUGGUAUUUUUCCAGCGGGUAUAAGUACUCAAAAGCACAGAUCCAAUGUUCAAGUUCCACUUAAAGUAGCUCAACUGCUGAUUCAAAAUCCACAAUUAAUUUCAAGCGCAGUGAAUGCGUUUAUAACUCGCGAUCCCAUCUCAAUGCGACCAUGUCAAACUAUGUCGGUGUUUGAUCCUGCUACAGCUGUUGAAAUGACGGCUACUUUUACCAAAAUAAUGUACUCUCAGUUAAUGUGCCAGCGGUUUUAUCCACCUAGCAAGUUUCGACUGCCUCUACAAUCUUCAAGUGAGUUUCCCGCUUACGAGUUGGGCAUGAAGCUGACAUGCGGAUUCGAGAUUUUGUAUAACAGUUCGUAUCUUCAGUCCACAUCAUCAAAAGUUCUUGGCACACAGACAAUAGAUUCAUACGACUUUACUAGCGACCCAGACUGGAGAAAGUUUAAUGAAAAGUUGACUGCGGGGUUCUACUUCAAAAAUCAAGUUCAAGGAUCAAAAUUGUAUACUAGUUUGGAGAGGUUAGCUAAGCAGCAAUACUUGGACUCGAAGAUUUCUAGCACGGACAUGUCGAUCGAAAAUGCCUAUGACCAAAUGUGUCAUAUUUUAGAAGUCCUUCCCAAAAUAUCUGAAAGUGACAUUCCACGCGGCGUAGUGGAUUCUGAUGCAUGGAUGCAUCUUGAUCCUGUAGCUAUUGACAAGGAUCUAGCCAAUCGUAUUGACAAAAUGUCUUCCAAGCUUGCAGAGAUGGAUGAACAUGGCGAUGCUAUGUCGGAGCUCAGUGAUCGUGACGUUGCCGAACUUGAACAGUUCAAGUCUGUGUUUAAAGGAUUCGACUCAUUUGUAAACAAAGAGAGCGGGUUAGAAGGUGCCGAGUUUCCAAAUGAUAUUGACAGCAAAGAUGAGUGGAUCAAGGACAUUGACAGUUCUGAAAAUGAAAGCGAUUCAAACAGUGAUCAAGGUGUUCAGCUGGAUUCAAAAAAGUUUAUGAGUUCUAUCAUGAAGAUUCUUGGUACAAACGACUCUGUAUUGUCUGCAGAUAUGCCGAUACAGUCAUCAUCUCAAGACACCAACUUGAGCAUAGUUCAAGGAAAUAGUAACAGACACAAUGCGUUUGAUACAAGACAGCAGGCGGAUAGCGAUGAUGAGGACGAUUUUGUUGAGCCAGACUAUGAUGCAGAACUGCGUGCCUAUAUGGAUUCAAUGGAUCGUGAACUGUUUGCAAGUAAACUUGGAGCCGACUUUGAGCGUGAACAAGUAUUAACUACUCGUGAAAAUCAUCCAUCUACAUCCAAGACUACAGACGAUUUCAUUGGGGAUGAUGACAAUGAAAUGGAGAAUGAGUUUAGACCAGUGGAUUUGGAUGUCAAUCUGCUAAAAAAUGUGUUCGAGUCGUUUGCCUCUCAACAAGGUUUGGCUGGACCAGCAUCCAACAUUAUGAUGUCAAUGGGGUUGAAUCUCCCUCGUCGUGACGAGCAUAGCGACUAG